AUGUACGAAAUACGCAGCCUUUGGAAGUUCCAACAACUGAGACGCAACGAUAUCCCACACGGGUAUGAUCGAGUACCCGCAGGGAAUCCGAGGGGCACUCCCCAUGUUGAUGUUUCCGAACAAUCAACUAGGUACGGAGUAACAAGUUGUCGAAGAACGGAAAAAGCAAACACAGUUUGGAUCGUAUUCGCGCGCGUUGUACCACAUACAGUGAAAAAUGUGGUCGCACGGCUAGUUAAUUUCUCUCCACUCGAGGUUGUCAAAAGAGCAGAGGGGCAAGAGGUGAGAAGAGACAAUCGGCCAGGUCAUCUUUCACAAUGCUUUUCAGCGGAAUUUCCAACCGAGAACAUCAGCGGGCUGGAAGACAACUGA